CUUGCACGUUAAAGACAUCAAGAAGAAAGAAAACCCAAAUAUACAAUCGAAAAUUCUCUUAUUUUCACCAUUUAAUUUGAUUGUGUUCUUGAGGAGUUGCUACACGUAAUGGAUGAAAGGAAGAUUAAACUUCGCUUGUUAUUACUCUCUUUCUUACUCAUCUCUGUAGUUCCUUCCAUUCUCGGGUUCAAAAUGAGAGGCAACACUAGAUCUGAGUUGGGAGCACUGCACGAAGUAGAAUACUUACCAACGAUAAAGAACAGAAAGUUGAUGGUUACAGUUUUGGAAGUUGAUUAUUCAGGUGAUUAUGACGAUGGAGCCUCUUCAACAUCACCAUCACCACCAGUACCUGAUUAUGAUGAUGACAUCUAUAAAAGGCAAGGUGAUGUCCCAAGCCCCGGUAUUGGCCAUUGAUGAUACGUUUUCGUGUGUAGUCUCUAUACACAGACACAUUUCAUAUAUAUACAUACAUGUUGUUUACUUGUUCUUCAUAUAUGAUUUUCUCCGACAAGUCGUCUUCUCAUAUACAAAUUUUAUGUUAAUCUUUCCUCAUUUUGGUAUAUAUAUACAUUUAAAAUUAUGUUUUUAUAUAUAUAAAUGUGACCUCUAGAUUGAAUUGCCUCGUUUCCCUGUGUUGAUGGGAGCUUCUGGUAUGUAUGUAAAUAAUUAAUACUCUUUAGAUAAACCUGCAAUUGUCCUUUGUAAAAAUAUUUUUGGUUAUAAAGAAGUUAUGUUAAUAAAAACAUAAUUUCUUUCUCUGUAUCUUUUGUAAGUCUUUUACAAUUUUGUUAAUUUAAAUGACUAUACAACCU